AUGGACUUUACUAAAGCAUACUAUACCAGAGAUGAAGUUGUCACUCACAACACUCCACUUAACAUAUGGGUUAUCAUUCAUGGUUUUGUAUAUGAUUUGACUAGUUUUGUUCAGAAACAAAAUAAAAAUUUAAAUGAUGAUGUUAAGUUCUAUAAAAAUCUUCGUUUACUUCUUCAAUAUGCAGGAAAAGACUUGAGUUGUUGGUUCAAUGAUCAAGGGGAACCACUUGAACGAAUCAACCAGCACGGAAAAAGUGUAUUUAGGUUUCUUCCGGCAUACAGAAAGGAAAAUGAGGAUUGCUGUUUCUGGUGGAAUAAAAAAAAUAUUAUUGGAAAAAUUACAAGUUUGGAAAGAUAUGUUCGCAUCGUUAAUACAUUAACAAGGAAAACUGUUCGUUUAUCUGUUUGCGAAGAAGAUUCUAUUGAAACCAUCAUGCAGAAAUAUAAAGAAACAUUUAAUAGCAAUUCAGAAAACUACAUUGUACGUAAAACACUUUUGCAUUCAGCUGACGAUGGACAACUUUUUAUUCAAAAGACCUUAACUGAAAACAGAAUUACUUAUGAAAAGAAUGAAAAGCUUGGACUUCCAGCAGCUCUUUGGCUUUUUUACAUUCUCAAUAAAGAUUAA